GGCGAGGUCAGCGCGCACGGCCGUGGCCGGAGCUCCAGGGGUCGGCGGGCGGGCCGGGCGGGCCGCGUGUCCAGCGGGGGGUCCACUCUGCAGCCGCCGUGGGGUCCCCACGCCCAGCCCGCCGGGCCCCGCAGAUCCAGCCCCGCUCAGGGCCCCACCUGCACCUCCCUCCCGAGCCAGCGUGCCCCUCUGACAUGCCGGCCAGGCGCAGACCCGGCAGGAGGGGCGCGGGCGGGCAGCCGCUGCUGCUGCUGCUGCUGGCCGCGGCCGGGGUGCACCUGCUCGCCUGCCCCUACACCAAGGUGGAGGAGAGCUUCAACCUGCAGGCCGCGCACGACCUGCUCUAUCACCGCCUGGCCAUGGAGCAGUAUGACCACCACGAGUUUCCUGGAGUGGUGCCCCGCACGUUCCUCGGGCCCCUGCUGAUGGCGGCACUGUCCAGCCCCGUGGUCGGCUUCCUGUCCCUGAUGGACGUGUCCAAGUUCUAUUCCCAGCUCGUAGUCAGAGCCGUGCUCGGUCUGGGCGUGCUCCUUGGCCUUUGGGCCCUGCAGAAAGAAGUGAGGCGGCAGUUUGGGGCCACGGUGGCCACCGUCUUCUGCUGGGUGACGGCCACGCAGUUCCACCUGAUGUUCUACUGCACGCGGACACUCCCCAACGUGCUGGCUCUGCCCUUGGUCCUGCUGGCGUUCGUGGCCUGGCUGCAGCUCCGCUGGACGCGCUUCAUCCGGCUCUCGGCCUUCGCCAUCCUGGUGUUCCGCGCCGAGCUGAGCCUCUUCCUGGGGCUGCUGCUGCUGCUGCCGCUGCUGGCGGGGCGGCUGACGGUGUCCCGGGCCCUGCGCUGUGCCGUGCCGGCAGGGCUCUGCUGCCUGGCACUGACCGUCGUGGUGGACUCCUACUUCUGGCGCAGUCUCCUGUGGCCGGAAGGGAAAGUGUUCUGGUACAACACGGUCCUCAACAAGAGUGGCAACUGGGGCACCUCCCCUCCGCUGUGGUACUUCUACUCGGCCCUGCCCCGGGGCCUGGGCUGCAGCCUGCUCUUCGUGCCCCUGGGCGCCGUGGACCGCAGGAUGUGGCCGCUGCUGCUGGCCGCCCUGGGCUUCGUGGCCCUCUACUCGCUGCUCCCGCACAAGGAGCUGCGCUUCAUCGUCUACACCUUCCCCGUGCUCAACGUCGUGGCCGCCAGGGGCUGCGCCUAUGUGCUGAAUAACUCGAGGAAGUCGUGGCUGUGCAAACUGAGCUCCUGGCUUGUGGUGGCACACCUCGUGGCCAACGCCGCGUACUCGGCCACCGCCCUGUACGUGUCUCAUUUCAACUACCCCGGCGGUGUGGCCAUGCAGAGGCUGCACGAGCUGGUGCCCCUGCACACAGAUGUGGUCCUGCACAUCGAUGGGGCAGCGGCGCAGACGGGCGUGUCGAGGUUUCUGGAGGUCAACAGCGGCUGGAGGUACGAGAAGAGGGAGGACGUGCAGCCCGGCGAGGGGCGCAUGCUGGACUACACGCACAUCCUCAUGGAAGCGGCCCCUGCGCACCUGGCCCUGUACCGGGACACGCACCGCGUCCUGGCCAGCAUCUCGGGCACCAGCGGGGUGACCCUGAACCUCACCAAGCUGCCUCCCUUCGACAUCCACCUGCAGAGGAAGCUGGUGCUUCUCGAGAGGCGCCCUAAGCCGUCUUGAGGGUGAGGGGCAGUUUCCCACGAACCUGAGGUGCCCUGGCAGGGCCCAGGGCUGCGUUCCCACCCCGCGGCCACACUGCUCACCGGGAUGGACAGCGCAGCCUUGCGGGCCGGGGGGGCAUGUCGGGUGCAAGGGAUGCUGUUUGUGCCCCCGGGAUCACGUGAGCAAAUGUGCCACAGCCCUGGCAGCAGGACCUGCCCGUGGCGGGGGGAGAGGGUGUGACCAUGCCCAGGAGUUUGUGAAUAAACGAUUCCAUGUUUUCUUACUA